AUGCCUCAAGGCAACACCAAAGAAGAAAUGGAAGGUCAUCACUUCUCACAAGAAGAAUCAGAAGAGCAGCGACAGCCCCAGACCCAGCGUCGCCGUCGCCCACCACUGUCAUGCACAGCCUGUCGACGCCGCAAACUAAAAUGUGAUCGUUCACUACCAUGCGGUCAAUGCGUCCGCUCAAAAACAACAGAUGAAUGCGUCUUUGUGGGCACUCAACCGGGCCCCUCAGAUCAAAACCGUAUGUCGCCUCCUGUAUCGCGGCGCGUACCGAGUAGUACAAGCGAACGCGCAAACGGGAUGUUCGUGUUCGAUUCGAAAAUGGGGCCGAAUACCUCUUCGAAUCGCGUCUCGAAACGCAGGCCGGAUGAGUUGACCGAGUUGAGGCACAGAUUGAAGGUUUUGGAGAAUUCACUGAAACCUGUGAAUUUACAGACGCCCGCUACUUCGGUUUCUGAUCUUUAUUCGGAGAUCGAGACAGCGAGUACCUCGGAGAAUGUGGGGGUUGAUGAUCGGGUGCGGUUUUUGCCUGAUUCGAGUUUUCGCGGGAAGAAGGCGAAGACGAGGUAUUUUGGGCGAAGCCAUUAUACUACUACUGUUUCUUUUUUUCAUGAUAUUGGAGCAUUUUUGCGCCGUGGUCGGUGCCGUGGUGAAGCCAAGGAUAAGGAGUAUUGUGACAUGAAACAGUUCAAGACCGAGCUAUGGUCGCGCGAGACGCAGGACCAUCAGCGCGAGUAUCGGGAGCAGGCUUUCAAACUCAACGAAAUGAUUCCGACACGCAAGAUUGUGGACCAUUUACUUCAACUGUACCUUGAUACUUUUGAGACGACAUAUCGAAUCCUGCAUAUGCCAACCUUCUUCAAACAGUAUGCCAACUACUGGACUAAUACACAGCCAAUUGACAUGGCAUUCGUCGCUCAGUUACUCGCUGUCAUAGCCGCUGGCAGCUGCUUUUAUGUUCCGCCCCCAGGAGAAGACAAUCGCGACGUGUUCCAAAAACCAGCAAUCAGAUGGAUUAUGGCUGUCCAGUCCUACAUCUCAUGCACGUUCAUCAGUCCAGACAUAGACUUUCGAAUGCUGCAAACUCAGUCGCUACUACUGGUCGCACGUCUCGGAAUUGCCAGUGAUGGGGACGUUGCCUGGGCCUCAGCCGGGUCCUUGAUUCGAUCAGCAAUGACAAUGGGCCUCCAUCGCGAUCCCACACGAUUCCCCAAAUCAUCUCCUUUCUACUGUGAGACACGCCGCAGAUUAUGGGCCACGAUCGUCGAGCUGGACCUGAAGAUCUCCCUUGACCGCGGCGUUCCACCUUCAGUCGAUCUCGACGAGUGCGAUUGCGAUUCACCGUCAAAUUGGGACGAUUCCGAUUUGAUACCCGACAUGGAGAACAAUCCCGCGCCUCUCAGCACAGCCCUCUAUACCCAGAACUUCUACCAAACCCUCUUAACAAAAACCCUCCCACUUCGCUACCGAAUCGCCAAAAAGGUCAACAGUUUAAGGUUCAACUUAUCCUACGAUGACGCCCUCAAAAUGGGCGAUGAACUCUCCCGCGCAAUGCAAAAUGCAUCCUCUCUAUUUGAAGACAACGCCUCAACAAUCCUCCCCGAAGUAUCAGACCGCCAUCGCUUUGCCCAAUCCCUUCACCUGUUCAUAAUGCGCAAGUUCCUCCUUGCCCUCCACCGCCCCUUCUCUCUUAGUGUUGUCAGACUACCCAAAUGCUCCUACUCGCGCAAAAUCUGCCUCGAGGAAUCACUAGGCAUCCUCUCGCAGAUGGAGCUCCCCCUUUCACCCGAAACAUUUGUCUACCCACAUAUUACUCAGCUGGGCAGUGGGAUGUUCCGCGAUGAAACAUUUCACGCGGCCGUUACUGUAUGCGUCGAACUAUCACUCCAGGCUAAUGAGAUGCGCUCUUCGGCGUCAGGUAUGGAUGGCGUAAAUUCCAGCGUUCUCAUGAGUAUGAUUCAAUCCCAGCAGGGUGUCAUGAUGCAGGCCGUCGAGCGCACCGCGGAGAACUUUGGGAGGAGAAUCGGGCCCGGUGGCAAGGGCUGUAAACCGUUCUUCUUUUUGAGUAUUAUUCUUGCUUCUGUGAAAUCGCGCGUCAAGGGCGAAGACCCCCUUUGCAAUGUUGAGGCGGCAUCGAAACGAGUUGUGAGGAUUUGCAGGGAGAUUUUGGGCGGGGUUUCUCAUCCGGAUGCUCAGAUUGCCGUUGAUACGAGGACCGUGCAGACACCGCUACCUUCGGGUCUGACGCCGGCCUCAGCUACACCCAGUGAUAUGGAUCCUGCUUCCCUGAUUUCGACAGAUUUCAGUGAUUUCACACCGAUGGAUCUUGGAGGUUGGCUUGAUGGAAUGGACUAUACUGGUCCUGAGUUGUGGGAUACAGAUUUAUUCUCCAACAUCCCCGUCUUUCCAUGA